GGACAGGCACACUGCUGAGGACGCCUGCAUUUUUCAGGAGGGUGAGGAACAAGGGGAGAAGAGAGAAGCACGGCCAGCAGCGGCUUUAGGUGAAACCACUUUGUCCCUGGAUCUGACCCUGAGGUUCACAGAGAGAGCGGAACGUCUGCUUUGCGAACUUCUAAGAAGCAACUUUGGUAUUCGGAGAAGGAGCUACAGCAGUUCUGAGGAGGUUCCGUCAGCACCGCCGUUUUGACGAACGCACCGAGCUCAGCUUUCCGCCCAGAUCAUACUACGUUUUCCCUUUUCAUCGUGCUUUUGAGCCCCGAUCAUGUCCGAGAGACACCUCAGGCUGCUCAUCUUUGCCCUGGUUCCUUUGGUCCUCUGGGUUCCUACGAGAGCCCUGGCCUGUGAGGAGGCAGGCCUGCCCAGGAACGUGGUGGUGGAGUGGUUCAAGCAGCGGGUGCUGGACGUGCUGGGACUGAAGGAGCCGCCAGUAAGUGGUGUGGUCGGACCCCCCCAACCUCUGAUGUCCCGGGUGGGGAGAGCAGCCUGGGCGGAGAAGAGAAGGUCUCAUGAGGAGACAUCGCAAGUCAUUCUCUUCCCAAGCUCUGAUUCCACUUGCGCGCACACUUUGGGCUUUCCAGUGCGGGAGGGCAGCAGCCACUUCACCUACUACUUCCAGCUCUCCACCCACGGUCAGGAGACCGUGGUCACAUCUGCCCACUUCUGGUUCUACGCAGGUGAAGGGGCUGUGAGCAGCAAUGCCUCUGCCCCCCUGUACAUCCUCACCACCCAGCAGCAGCUCAUCCAUGUGGCCGAGGAGCCUGAGAGUCGGAUCGCUGACGGAUGGACCACGUACCACGUGGGGCGCCGCCUCUAUCCUUCCAUAGCUGAGGGGCCCUUCAUGGUCCAAGUGCGCUGCCCCACUUGCAGCUGCCAGGCAGAUGCCGACAAGACCCCCUUCCUACAUCUGCACACCCGUUCCAGAGGGCUCGAGCGCUCGCGCAGAGCCCCUAUCCCCUGGUCGCCGUCCGCUAUCGACCUCCUCCAGCGGCCGUCAAGGGACAAGCACGACUUCGGUGACUGCCGCCGCACUGAGCUCAACAUCUCCUUCGAGGACCUGGGCUGGGACAACUGGAUUGUUCACCCCAAAGUUUUAACCUUCUCCUAUUGCCAUGGCAACUGCACAAGCCGGGAUCGAGUGACCACCGUCUUGGGCCUCAGGCAGUGCUGCGCCCCAGUUCCGGAAACCAUGAAGUCACUGCACUUCCACACCACUUCAGACGGAGGCUACUCCUUCAAGUACGAAACGCUGCCGAACAUCGUGGCUGAGGACUGCAGCUGUGUUUAG